UGUUUCUCCUCCAGCUGUUCGGAGGCGCUCUCAUGGGCUUCGGACUGUGGCUCCUCCUGGACAAUCAGAGCUUCAUAGUCGUCCUGAAUAACUCCACAGGUAUAAAGGUGGCCUGCUACAUCCUGAUCGGAGUCGGAGCUCUCUCCAUGCUCAUGGGCUUCCUCGGCUGCUUGGGGGCCAUUUAUGAGAUCCGCUGUCUGCUCGGCCUGUACUUCACCUGCUUGCUGCUGAUCCUCCUCGCUCAGAUCACCGCCGGUGCUCUCAUCUACUUCCAGAAGACUGUGUUACAUGAAGAGAUGUCCAAGAUUGUCUCUAAAGUGCUGGACAACUACCCAGGAAACAACUCCACCACAGAGCAGGCCUGGGACUUCAUCCAGAGGAAUAUGCAUUGCUGCGGCUGGAACAACCACGAGGACUGGAACGGGAACAUGAUCGUCACCAACAGCUCUCGGCUGCUGUUUCCCUGCUCCUGCCAGAACAUCUCCCUCGUCACCGGAAACUUCUCCGACAGCGGAUUCUGCGAGGCUCAGACGCCCGAAUGGCCCGUAUACGACACGGGUUGUGCUAGCAGCGUGGAGAGCUGGCUCGUCACCAACAUCUGGGUCGUCCUGGGUAUCUGCCUCGCUGUGGCUCUUAUUGAGCUGAUGGGGAUGAGCCUGUCCAUCUGCCUGUGCAGGAACAUCCACACAGCAGAGUACAGCAAAGUGCCAAAGUUCCAGUAGAUAAACAGAGAAACCGACGGCGUCCUCCAGCUGAAGAUUCACACAAACAAAGAGAGUAAAAGUGAUUUUUUUCUUUUUUUUCUCCACCCUGUAUUAGCUGAAACAUUUUGUCCAAAUGUAAAAUACUGUAAUGUGUGUUUGCUUUAUUUUUUAUUUUUUGUUGGAUUCUUCUUCUUCUUCUUUCGAGGCACUUCCAUCUGUUUCCUUUUUUUUUUAUCAGCCCAGUUUUCCUUGGAGCACUUUAGAGACUUUUGGAUCAGAGAGCGAUGCUGAAAAAUGGUUUUUGACAUGUUGGAUUUGAUGUAAGUAAGAAAUGAUGAUCGAUGGCUGCGGACGGAGGAAACGUGCUCUCAGGCUCAGAUCAGAGUGUCGCUGGUGUACAUUAUAAAGACGGAUUCUGUUAGUUUUCGCCUCAAUUUAGUUUCCAAGAAAAAAAUCCUGAAGAGAAAGAUUCAUACAGAUUUGGGCGAUUUGGCACGACAACUGGAAAACAGUGUGGUUUGUGUGUGUGUGUGUGUUUCUUUUUUUCUUUUCUUUUCUUUUUUUAAUUUUUUAUACACCAGCGUUUUGAGUUAUUGUGAAAAUGUUUUUAGUACUUUGUAUAUAAUUUUAGACAUUCUUUGUGUGAAUUUGAAUCCAAAAAAAAUAAAUACUUCCAGUGUCUUCUUUAGACACUGGCAUCUGUUUUUACAUUUUUUUAAAGUUCAAAUUCUUGUUUUCUUUUUUUUUUUAAUGUUUUCUUAAUUUUUGAACUUUCUGGAUUUUCUUUUGAAAAUAAUAGAAAUAAUGAGGUACUAAAGAAAAAAAAAGAAGCAUUCAUGACUCCAAAAGUGUCACUCCCAGUUUACGAUUGUCUUUAACGACAGGCAGAAACUUCUUUUUAAAGGUAGCUUUAAGUUCAUCUAUAAGGCCACUUUCUACCUAGUUUAACCUAAAAAUGAACGAGUGUUUGAAGAGUGAAAUGUUUCUUUUAACCACUUUUGAAAUAUGUGAACUUUUGAGUGUGAGGAAAGGGAAAGAAACAGAUUUUUAAGUUGUAUUUUGGAGCAGAGGAAAUAUUUUUUGGGGGGAGAUCCGUCCUGAAAGUGAAAUUUGUUUAUACGGCAAAUCAUUUUGAGAUUCAUUUAUGUAAAAUUUUAAAACUUUAAGCCAAUAUCUUGUGUUGUUUUUAGAAUGUACAAAUAUGCCACCACCCUGUUUUCUUUUGUAUGUACAGUCUGUAUGAAAAACAUUCACUUUAACCUUUAUAAUGAAUGG